GCUCAACAUGUCCGAUCACGUGCACCAAUUUGGCUUUCUGGAGCGCAAACCCAUUCGUGAGAAUGGUAUUCCUAGCAAAGCACGGCGAUGGACCAAGUAUUACGCGGGUAUCAAUCAAAACCAUCUCGUGUUUUACUAUUCGAAAAAGGACUUGGAUCGUGGGCGUUCGCCGGCACUGCGCUUUGCUUUGGAUACUGCUGAGGUGCGACUCGAAGACCACGCGCGGCGUGGCGAAGUCAUCUCCUUUGGCAACGAUCGCGAUCGCAUGUUGCUGCAAGCACCUUUAGCAGACCUCGAGGAUUGGCUAGUAGCGCUUCUGCCGGCUGACAAGAGCUUGGCGGCACGGCGCGCCGCCGCCAGCCCCAAGGAAACUGUUAAGUCGCGUCUAAAUCGUUGGUUGGGCAAUCGUGCGCGCAAGCAAGAUCUCAUGGAGCGCGGCAUCUUGCAAGAGCCUGUGUUUGGUGGAAGCCUGGCAGCAACAGUUGAGCACGAACAUGACAUCGCAUCAUUGCCUGGCAUUCCGGAAAUUGUUGUCAAGUGCAUCACUCGCAUCGACCGCUCACUCACCGAACAAGGCAUUUAUCGCGUUUCCGGACACUCCUCAGACGUGCAAGCCAUGGUGGCGCAAGCCAAUAAGGAUGUUACACUGGCGAUGGUUGAGGACUUGAACGACGUUCACG